UGUUACUAUACAAAAAUGUCCAACUUGCGGCGCCAGGUGCUAACUGCUUUCAAGAAGCUUCAUCGCACACGGCAAUACGUGUUCCGGGAUGCCAAUGCUCUGGCGGCAGGACUCAAAAUCAACGAAUCUUUCCUCCAGAAUCGCAGCGAAACCAACGAGGAUGAGAUUCAGAAGAUGAUCAAACUGGCGCAGGAUGUGGACUUGGAGCUGCGCACAAAUGUGAUCCAGGCCGAGAAGAAGGAGGAGGGUGUUUACGAACUAAGGAUAACGCCGGAGACGACGCGGCUGGACAAUGUGGUCUUCAAUCCCGAUGCAGUCAUCGAGAAGCCACGCAGGCGACGCGGCGAAAAGAACACCGAGGGCUGCUGUGGUGGAGCUGCGAUGGCGGCGCUAGAAUCCGAGGUCCAGGCCCGCAACAAAUAGAACUAUAUAAAUUCUUUAGCUUUAGUCAAGAUCGUUUUGUUCUGAUCAAGAAUGUCGUUUAACUUUA